AUGGCUGUUGAGCACUCUCUCGCAGCUGGUCCAACAGAAGGGUACCAUGGUAAGCAAGAGCACUGUGGCUGGCUGCUAGCGUGUCUUCCGGUGUCUAUGCUUUGUCCUCAACCCUGGCGAUUCAGUUCACAUGUUUGCAUUUUCACAGCACAACUCAUUCCGACAAACUCGGAAUUCCGCAUCUAG